AUAAGUAAUUGUCAGUCAGAGCUUCUAGCGUGACCUUACCGCAGCGGCAAUACAGCUUGAACCGUGAGCCUUACCCUUUGUCCUGCAGGCAUCUCUUUUGUUUUGAUCUGCUUCUGUACUCAAACCAUGAUGGCUGGGAUAAUGUCAUACUUUGGAGGGAGGAGAGAUACGAAACAGGCAGCUCGAGAUGCCAUCGUAGGGCUAAGGCAGCAACUACAGAUGAUAGAGAAGAAAGAGGAACACCUACAGAAGAAGAUUGACGAGGAGCUCAAGAAAGCAAAGGCUAACGCUGUUUCCAACAAGGCUGUGGCUACGCAAGCUCUGCGGCGGAAGAAGGCGAGUGAAGGGGAGAUGGAUCGACUGGCGGGUCAACGACUGCAGCUGGAACUACAAAUCAACACACUAGAGUCUGCGAAUCUGAACGCGGAGACGAUGGCUGCUAUGAAGAAGGCUUCGGACGUCCUUGCGUCGAUCCAUGGUAACAUGACCAUGGAUAAGGUCGAUUCGACCAUGAGUAAGAUUACGGAGCAGAGAGAGAUUGCUAAUGAAAUCGCAGAAGCGUUAUCAAAUCCUACUGGCGUGGAGGCAGACGAGGAUGAGCUCAAGCAAGAGCUCGCGGAGCUUGAGCAAGAGACACUUGAUGAGCGCCUCGCUGGAGCAGAGCAUGUUCCAUUGCACAUUCCUCCAGGAGCUCGCAGGGUAGAAGAGCGACCCCAAGCAGUGGAGGACGAGGAGGAGGCUCAGUUGAGGGAACUACAGGCUGCACUAGCAAUGUGAUAGCUCGAGCCCCCUUUCUCGUACCGCAUACCGGUUGAUCCGUUCGCUGGUUUCAUCUGACUUUAUACAUAUAUCCAAUUCCUUUCUCAUAAUAGCCUCUUGCAACAGAUAGGAUUUCCCUGCUGACGACUGGUCGUGUUGUUGUGAAAUUUGAGAUAGUGUACAGGAUAAGCAGU